CACCGCCCCGGGGGCGUCGGCGGUACGUGCGUGCGCGUCCUGGGCACGCGGGCCCCGCAGGUCCGCAAACGUCAGUCCGCGCGGGGACCGACCGGGCGGAGGAGCUCCGGUGGCCCUGUGCUCGCACGGUCUGUCUAGGGCUGGCGACACCCACGGGACCCGGCAGGGCUCCCCCGGCAGGGCUCCCCCGGCCGGCCCGCGCUGCGCGGCUCGUCUCCACCCCGUAGCCCGGGGACAGCCGGACCAGAAUCCACGGCCGAAGGCGGCAGGGCUGAAGCCAACAGGCGCAGCCAUGACGUCUCCACCUGCCAUCCCCGUGGUGCCUGGUAACCUCUCGGGGGCGAGGGGCCUGCGGCCUCCGGAGCCCCUGCCACCGUCCAGGCAGCUGCCGGAGCUGAUCCGCAAGAAGCGGGACGGAGGCCACCUGAGUGAGGCGGACAUCAGGGGCUUUGUGCGCGCGGUGGUGGACGGGAGCGCGCAGGGCGCGCAGAUUGGGGCCAUGCUGAUGGCCAUCCGGCUGCGAGGCAUGGAUCCGGAGGAGACCGCUCUGCUGACCCAGGCUCUAGCCAGGUCUGGCCAGAAGCUGGAGUGGCCAGAGGCCUGGCACCCACAUCUUGUGGACAAACAUUCCACAGGAGGCGUGGGCGACAAGGUCAGCCUAGUCCUGGCUCCGGCCCUGGCUGCUUGUGGCUGCAAGGUGCCAAUGAUCAGCGGACGUGGUCUAGGGCACACAGGGGGAACUUUGGAUAAACUGGAGUCUAUUCCUGGGUUCAAUGUCGUCCAGAGCCCAGAGCAGAUGAAGCUGCUGCUGGAGCAAGUAGGCUGUUGCAUUGUGGGUCAGAGUGAGAAGCUGGUUCCGGCCGAUGGAGUCCUCUAUGCUGCUCGAGACGUGACAGCCACUGUGGACAGCCUUCCACUCGUCACAGCCUCCAUCCUCAGCAAGAAGGUCGUGGAGGGGCUGUCUGCUCUGAUUGUGGAUGUUAAGUUUGGUGAGGCUGCACUCUUCCCAGAUCAAGAGCAGGCCAGGGAGCUGGCAAGGACGCUGGUUGGCGUCGGAGCGGCACUGGGGCUCCGGGUGGCCGCCGCCCUGACCGCCAUGGACAGCCCCCUGGGCAGGAGCGUCGGCCACUCCUUGGAGGUGGAGGAAGCGCUGCUUUGCUUGGACGGUGCGGGGCCGCCGGAUCUGCGGGAGCUGGUCACCGGGCUCGGUGAGGGGGGUCGGGCUGGGCGCGACAGGGUGCGGGCCCGCGCCAGUCCGGCACCGCCUUCGCCGCGGGACCUCCGUUGA